GACAUUACUCAUAAACAGCGUUUCAUUCGGUAAAUUGAGAGAUAAAUUGUGUUCUUGUUUAUUAGUAAUUUCAAGUUAAAAUGGGUGAAGCUGGAAACUGGUGUUUAAUUGAAAGCGAUCCAGGUGUUUUCACUGAGCUGAUUCGCGACUUCGGAGUAACUGGCUUGCAAGUAGAAGAAAUUUGGAGUCUAGAUGCUGAUGAGUUUAAGAAUUUAGGAACUGUUCAUGGUUUGAUAUUUCUUUUUAAAUGGGUGAAAGAUGAUGAACCAGCUGGUUCUGUCGUCCAGGACAGUCGAAUGGACCAAAUAUUCUUUGCAAAACAGGUCAUUCAAAAUGCUUGUGCCACACAGGCGAUUCUCAGUGUAUUGCUUAACGUAAAUCAUCCAGAUAUCAAACUUGGAGACACUCUUGCUGACUUCAAAGAGUUCACGCAAUCUUUUGACGCUUAUAACAAAGGAUUAGCUAUGAGCAAUGCAGCUCAAAUCAGAACUGUUCAUAAUUCUUUUGCUCGUCAAACGCUUUUCGAAUUAGACAAUUCAAAAAACAACAAAGACGAAGACGUAUUCCAUUUCAUUUCGUAUUUGCCUAUCAAUGGACGUUUAUAUGAGCUCGAUGGACUUAAAGAGGGACCAAUUGAUCUCGGCGUCAUCGGUGAUCAAAAUUGGCUUGACGUUGUUCGUCCGGUGAUUGAGAAACGAAUUCAAAAGUAUAGCGAGGGUGAAAUUCACUUCAAUCUCAUGGCAAUGGUUUCAGAUCGUCAAAUGUUAUGUCAACGACAACUUGAUGUUUUGAUAAAUGACGAGAAUGCAAUGGACACAGACACAAAACACAGUGAAAUCGCUAAAUUAAAAAUGCAAAUUGAAGAUGAAGUUUUAAAGCGAAAACGAUACAAGAUUGAAAACAUUCGUCGCAAACACAAUUAUCUUCCAUUAAUUGUCGAAAUUUUAAGGAUCUUGGGUGAAAAAGGUCAAUUAUCGCCUUUGUAUGAGAAGGCAAAGCAACGCGCUAUCGAACGUGAAUCAUCAAAACAAAAAAAUUAAAACAACAAACUUAAAAUUCUUUUUCAUCACUUUCAUUUAUGUCAAUCAAUCCUUUGGAAGAUGUAUAAACUUUCAUUUAAAUAAAAUCUUUUGCAAUUAGAUUUUCUUUAUAUUUUCCUGGUUUAUUAUCGAUUUUUCUUUCGUAAUAUAAUUUUCCCUCAGCUUCUUGAUAUUGUUCUGAUAUGAGUUCGGUGAGUUCUUUCAAUUUGUCACUUGCGAUUGCAUUUCGAAUUGUUGCGAAGAAUUCUCUGUAAUGAUGAAGAUUGUGAAUGGUGAGCAGCAUUGGACCUAAUAGCUCGUGAGUCGUUAACAGAUGAUUUGUGUAUGCUCUUGUAUGUUUUCUGCAAGCAAGACAAGAACAUCCUUCAAGGAAUGGCUUAAAAUCGUCUUUGUAUUUAGAAUCCAACAAAUCAAUUUCUGGAAAUAAUUUUGCUGGUUUGUUGAUGUUAAAAUUGAAAACCAUUGCACGGUUGGCAUUUGUCACGAGAUUAACUAAUGACGAAUCGAAUAAAUCAAUUCCUUGAGCAAUAAGUUCCAAUGUAACGUUUGGUAGAUAAGCACCCGACAUAACUUUCAGCUUUUCUUGAGGAAGUUGUGCGAUUGUUGAAGAAACAAUUUCUUUCAAAGAAGUGACAUCAAUUUCAGCUGCUUCAUGUCCAUUUCUAUGUAAUCCAUCUAUGAAAUAUCCAUCAACAUCUUCACUUUUUUUAUUCAUUUCUUCUACAAUUUUCCUUCUUUCAAAUUCAUUAAAGCCUCCGACAAUUGUUCCAAUCAUAAACGAAUUUUUAAGAACUGCUGAUGAUUUCUUCAGUUGUACAGAUUCUUCGUAGAACCGUCUACUUUUCUCAGAAGCUUUUGCAACUCUUCUUUUAGGACAAUCUUUAAACGAGUCACCGUCAGCGAGCGUUGUGUAAAAAUCUGGUUUGAAGACUUCCAUCAUUUUCAUGUAUCUUUGUGGUGUGAUGUUAAGCCUUUCAGACUUUCUGUAAAUAGGAACUGAAUCCUUGUCUUGAGAUGCUGAUGGUGAGAAGAUACUUCCAUUUUUUAAACUACAAAACGUCAGACUUUCUUUUAAAGCCCAGAAAUCAGAAAUACCUUUGCCGGAAAUUUCAAGAGGUUUCUCCAUUUGUUCAACGUUGCUUACUGGAAGUGAUAUGGCAAAAUCUUUUGACAAUUCAAAGCCAGAUAAUUCUAGAACCUCACGACUCAGUUGUGGAUGCAAAUAGAGCAGCAUUGGAGUCUUGAACGUUUUAUCAGGAAGUCUUUCUACAUUUUUUAUUAAACCUAUACGUCCUCCAUACUUUGACACUGAUUCCACAACAAACUUUGUCAUUUUAAUACUUUAUAAUUUAAAAAGCAAUGUUUAUCGAGUUGAUGUAAGUUACACAUGUAAGGAACAAAAUUUGCCUCAAUCACAUU